UCUGCAAACACUUGCAACGUUUGCAUAUUAUUAUCCAACCCGACCUCUUCCUCUCGGAGACAACUAGACAUGGAAGUUGGAUCAACAAUGGCGCACCUGCUCCCUCUCCGUGCGAGUCUCCCUGCAGCUGAGAGUCACAAAUCUUCUUCGAAGCCACUAAAGUUUUCCAAGAGAACACGGGAGUCCAAGACACCUAUUUACAAUCCUAAAAAAGGUUCUCACGGUGCCUCUAACAAGACCCAGAAGCUGAAUUUGGAGGUCUCACCCCAUAGGGCUGUGUCUGCAGUGAGGCUGAUGAGAAUAGAGUUGGGUGGUGCUUUUGCUGAUCUUUUGAAUGAGAAAGGGAAAGGUUCCGGUGAUAACGAGAUGGGAUAUGUAGCAAGAACUCUUGGAUUUCGCACCCGGGAGUUAGAUUAUCGGGAUCUUAGAUUGGUUACAGAUAUUGUUGGUGGCACCAUCCGUUGGAGGAGGUUUCUUGAUUACUUGAUCUGUUCAAUAUGCCAUGAUGAGAACACAUUUAAACGCAUGGAACCUCUUCUCUUACAGAUUCUCAGAAUAGGUUUCUACGAGAUUAUCAAGCUAGAUAUGCCACGAUAUGCGGUUGUGGAUGAGAAUGUGAGGCUUGCAAAGGUUGCCCUUAGACCAGGUGCUGGUAACAUGGUCAAUGGGAUUCUGAGAAAGCUUAUUUUGCUUCAGGAAAACAACUCUCUUCCUUUACCCAAAGUGGAGGGUGAUGAACGCACACAAGCACGUGCUCUUGCCACCCUGUACUCUCAUCCUGUUUGGAUGGUACGGAGAUGGACAAAGUGUAUUGGGCAAGAAGAAGCCAUUAGAUUGAUGGCCUGGAACAACAGUGAUCCCAGUUUCAGCUUGAGGGCGAAUCGUGGGAAAGGUGUUUCAAGAGCUGACCUUGUUAUGAAGCUUAAUUUGUUGCAGGUCCCACAUGAGCUUUCUUUGCAUUUGGAUGACUUUGUCCGAAUGAAAACCGGGUUGCAGAUUGUCAUACAAGCCGGCUUACUGAGAGAUGGUUUAUGUUCUGUUCAGGAUGAGAGUGCAGGUAUGGUCGUUUCUGUUGUGGAUCCUCAACCGGGUGAGAGUAUAAUUGAUUGUUGUGCUGCUCCAGGAGGAAAGACUCUUUACAUGGCAUCCCAUUUAAGUGGCAGGGAUGAUACGAAGAUGUCUCAUGGUGUCUCAGGCAUGGUAACGGCGAUUGACAUAAACAAAGGCCGAUUAAGAAUCCUUAAAGAGACAGGCAAGUUGCACCAAGUAGAUGGCGUCAUCAGCACCAUUCAUGCUGAUCUCCGUAUCUUUGCUGAAAAAAAUCCCACGAAGGGUGAUAAGGUUUUGUUGGAUGCUCCAUGUUCUGGACUGGGUGUUCUCUCAAAGAGAGCGGACCUGCGCUGGAAUAGGAAAUUAGAGGAUAUUGAACAACUGAAGAAUUUACAGGAUGAGCUAUUUGAUGCAGCAUCUCUAUUGGUAAAGCCUGGCGGAGUUUUAAUAUACAGUACCUGUUCCAUAGAUCCUGAAGAGAAUGAAGAGAGAGUGGCUGCAUUUCUUCUCAGGCAUCCAGAAUUUUCUAUAGAUCCUGUCGACAGAUAUGUACCAUCUGAUUUUGCAACGGAGGAUGGUUUCUAUUCCUCCAACCCCAUAAAACAUUCGCUUGAUGGGGCCUUUGCAGCUCGUCUAGUUCGAGACUCAGAAAGCAGAUGUGGCGGUACACCAUAAUUAUGGGGCCGGCAGGAGAACUGGAAGGAUUCAAUGUGCAGCACAACCACAAUCAAAAUGGAGGCUCAGCCUUCGUGGUUGCAAUCAAAAUCUGACUUGGAAGAUGACGCUAGUGGAGCAGCUCCACCAAACAAUGCCUUCUAAAUACCUUCAUAUUCCUGUGUAAAUUUAAUUGAGACAAUCAGCUGUAAGACAUCCAUAAUUUGUUUUUUUAACAAAUUUGAAGGUACCACUUCCUUCAAAGUCUAAGGUUUAA